AUGUCUUUUUUGUCAACCCUAUUUUGUUGCUUUGAUGCGGAAGAUUCGGCUGUAAAGGAAAAUAACAUAACCACAACCCACCCGAAGCUAACCAAGACCCAGUCAAACCUACAGAGGGCACUGACCAACUCGAAACCAAACUCAAACUCGAGCUUGAACUUGAACAAAAGCCACUCUCCGCCUCCGACCAACCACGCGGGCGCAAGCACUGCAAACAAAAGCAUCCAUCCCUCCUCCGCUUCCAAGAAAGGGCAACCAGACAAGAGUUCCAGCAAUACUAGCGGCACUGCCACUAGUCACACAAACACCGGAUCGAGCAAUCCCGACAGGAAGAAGGAUCUCGCCAACGGUACCAAGCAUUCUGGUGCAACCAAGGGCAACAGUGCCGCAAGCAAACACUCUUCUACCGGUACCAGUGCUGCCCAUCCGGAUAACUCGCAGGCCCCAAACAAGAAUAUGGAUGCCCAUAACAGAAACAAAAUAGCCCAUAAAAUGUCUUAUUCAGAUUCAAACUCAACAACUCAUCACGUCUCCAAUGACGAUAAGGAAAUGGUGGAAGAAAUCACAGACUUGAAAGACUCCACCGAUAGCUCCAAAGAUGAGGAUGACGCCUACCAAAUACAUGAACAUCAGACUCAGAAUACAGAUGAAACAGAUCUCAACCACCAGCCAGAAAGCAAAAACAAGGUCUCAAACGACGCUAUUGCUGAAGAUCGUGGCAGCCCAAAAUCUCCUCCAAAUAGCGAUUCUAAUCCAAUAAGUAACCUCAAUCCAGAUUCAACUGUUAACGAGUUAAACUACGAAGAACAAUUAUACGACGAACAAUUCGGCACAAGUUUGACUGCAAUACUGCCAGAUCAGGUGGUUUCUUCUUCCGGUUGGUUAUUGGAUUCUCAACCGAAACAGUUCAAAGGAAGAAAAUGCUUGGUUUUGGACUUGGAUGAAACUUUAGUCCAUUCUUCUUUCAAAUAUGUGAGGCAAUGUGAUUUCGUAAUACCUGUGGAAAUCGAAGAUCAAAUCCACAACCUAUACGAAGUUGUCGUUUUCACAGCCUCAGUCUCUAGAUAUGGUGAUCCUUUGUUAGAUAUCUUGGACACCCAUAAAUCGGUUCAUCAUCGUUUAUUCAGAGAAAGUUGUUACAACUACCAAGGAAAUUACAUCAAAAAUCUAUCGCAAAUGGGUAGACCUCUGGAAGAUUUGAUCAUUAUAGAUAACUCUCCAGCAUCCUAUGUUUUUCAUCCUCAACAUGCCGUCCCUAUUUCAAGUUGGUUCAGCGACUCUCAUGAUUGUGAGUUGACAGAUUUGCUACCUUUCUUGGAAGAUCUAGCUAAGAGGGAAGUUGACGAUAUUAGACUUGUUUUGGACAUUAACAUAUAG